AGUACAUCGGAACAACAUGUUUCAGCUGUGGUUUGUGUUUUUGGCAGCAGGUGCUCUACUAACUUAUUUUCUGUGGAAGGAUACAGUUCGUCCAUCGGGAUUUCCUCCUGGUCCACCCUGGGUACCGUUGGUCGGAAACGUGUUUUUGGUCCAGAAGCUGGGACGAAAAUUUGGUGGACAGCAUGGUGUUUUUGAGUAUCUAUCCAAGAAGCAUCAUACCAAGCUGGUGGGCAUGAGGUUAGGAAGAGAGAAAGUAGUUGCCGUACUCGGUUAUUCCUUGGUAAAGGAGGCGCUAACAAAUGAUAAUCUCUGCGGACGGCCUGAUAACUUUUUCACGCGCAUGAGAACGUCAGGUAAGAGAAUGGGAGUCACCUUCACUGAUGGUGCAUACUGGGAAGAACAUCGAUGCUUUAUCGUGCGAACUCUCAAAGAAGUAGGAUAUGGUCGCAACUCAAUGAACGAAUUGAUUAAACGUGAACUGGAAGAAGUAAUUCAAAUCAUCGAUGAUUUAGAAGGUCCUGUGACAUCCGGCCAGCUUUUCCCGAUAAGUGUAUUGAAUGUUCUUUGGACUUUAGCAACUGGUAAACGAAUCGAACGAGAUGACAAUAUGUUGAAAGAGUUAAUUGAUAUUCUGAAGAAACGAUCCAAACUAUUCGACAUGUCAGGAGGUCUCCUAAACCAUAUUCCGUGGUUGCGUUUCAUAGCACCGGUUUGGAGUGGAUAUAGCCUACUCGUCAAGGUUAACCAUAAACUGAUUAGCUUUUUCGCUGAAACAAUCAAGGCGCACUUAACCAGUUACAAUCAGCUAUGUUCGAGUGAUGAUUUAAUCUACGCAUACAUCAGAGAAAUAAAAAACCGAAGUAAUGAUCCGAAGACCACUUUCACCGAAACACAGAUGGUCAUGACCAUAUUAGACCUAUUCAUAGCCGGAGCCCAAACGACGAGUAUUACUAUUGACUUAGCUCUAAUGAUGAUGAUAAUUUAUCCGGCUAUUCAAACCAAAGUUCAUGCUGAACUCGAUGCAUUCAAGGGACCGAUUUGCUGGACAAAUCGCACCAACUUUCCGUACGUGGAAGCGGUCAUAUUUGAAGUUCAACGUUUCUUUCACACCGCUGCGAUAAGUGGUCCUCGACGAGCCAUGCAGGACUGUGAACUCGACGGGUACAACAUUCCUCGGGACACCACAGUUCUGAUCGAUUUGAAAAGUGUUCACAUGGAUGAAGAGUACUGGACUGAUCCAAAAACGUUUCGCCCGGAACGGUUCCUCAAUGAGGAUGGGCAGCUGGUGAACACGGAGCGACUGAUUCCGUUUAGUUUAGGCAAACGAAAAUGUCUGGGAGAUGGACUGGCGAGAGCUUGUCUGUUUGAAUAUUUUUCAGGUCUUCUGUUGCGAUACGAAAUAACAUGUCCCGAAGGAGAGCGGCUUCCUUCAAUGCAACUGAUUCCGGGUAUAAUAUAUCUACCGAAACCGUACAAAGCAAUAUUCAGACGAAGAGUAAUGUGA